CCGCACUUGAAAUAGACAGGAGAUAACCAUCAAUGAAUAUUGAUGGCUGCUGAAUCGACUACUUCGUAUCGCGAAUCUUUGUCCUGCGCGAACAACUAAUCUCUAAUAUCCUUGUUCCGAACCUCCGAUCUACCACGUUAGACCCAGAACACUUUACGCAAGCUUCACCGGCUGAGUUGCUGACAGCCUCCACCAUGUCAAACAAGCGCAUAGAACAAAGCGAGAUCGAGAAGUACUGGGAGAUUUUCGCAUCACUGUCAAAUGGUGGAACGCAUCUGACGGGCGCUCAAGCUGCGCCUGUGUUAAAGAACAGCCAGCUGCGCGAUGAUCAGCUCGAGCGGAUAUGGGACCUUGCGGACGUGGAUAACGACGGGAACCUGGAUUUUGAGGAGUUCUGCGUCGCAAUGAGGCUCAUUUUUGACCUGGUCAAUGGAGAAUAUGCGGAUGUACCACCACAACUGCCAGACUGGCUGGUUCCAGAAUCGAAAGCACAUUUGGUACAGGCAAACCGGGCAUUGACUGGACGACAAGUUCAGUUUGAGCGGAUCGAGGACGACGAUGAUUCUCCAGGACUGAAGGACGGGUUCGAUUGGUAUAUGAGCCCCUCAGACAAGUCGAAAUACGAGGAAAUCUACAGUGCCAAUCGGGGUGCGAGAGGAGACAUAACUUUCGAAUCUCUGGAUUCCCUGUACUCCUCCCUCGACGUGCCAGACACCGAUAUCCGAUCAGCAUGGAAUCUCAUCAACCCGUCAGCUUCGCCAGCGAUCUCGAAAGACGCCACUCUGGCUUUCCUACAUAUCCUUAAUAACCGCCACGAAGGCUACCGCAUUCCAAGAACUGUUCCCCCUUCUCUCCGAGCUAGCUUCGAACGCAACCAGAUUGACUAUCAGAUCGACAAUCAGCGCACAUCAUCACCAGCUCAGCGAUGGGGCUCCACUGGUGGGGAGGAGACGAGCACUGGGCGUAAAGCAAAGUUUGGGGACACUUAUCUGAGUCGAAUGGGCAUGGGAGGGAAGUCGAGCUACAAGCCUUCUGGGACAGACUUCUCAGCGACAAAGACAACGGAGGACUGGGAAGAGGUGCGGCUGAAAAAGCAGUUGGCCGAGCUCGAGGCUAAGGUUGAAAAGGUUGAAGCUGCGUCGGCGAGUCGGUCUGGUGGCCGUCGUGAUACUAGGCCAGCACUCGUCAAGCGAGAGCUAGAGCAGCUGCUAGAUUACAAACGGCGGGAGUUGAGGGAUUUGGAGUCCGGCGAAGGAAAGAGCAAGGUCGGGGCCAGUUUGAAAGGUGUCUCCGACGAAAUAUCAACCGUUAAGGAGCAAGUGGAUGGGCUUGAGGCACAUUUGAGAUCACGCCAACAGAUUUUGGCAGAGUUGCAGCAGGAGAUUGAGUUUGAGAAGUCAAGUAGAUAGAAUCCAGAAAUGCAGAUCGAUCAUGCAAAGGCCCAGUGGCGGUGCUCAUGUUCAGGGCUGCCAACCCUCAGCAGUCCAGACCCGAUGAAUUAACUACAAGUGCAUUUGCUACCCC